AUGGGAAACCAUACUAGUCGAGACCAGAUUCUGCAAUUCUUGAAAAUCAAGACCAAAGAAAGUAGAAAUUGGGUGCUUCAGUCGAUGACCUUCCAGUACCAUGCGGUGCAUUUCACUCUGGACGGUGGUCCGUUGCGCAAAAUUCUUGAAAAUAUUACUCGCGCGUCCUACGUCCUUCUUAAUUUCGAUAUUGGUGCCAGUAUCAGGUCGACGUUUGUGCGAAACUGCCAGCUGAGUGCCUCCGUUUGGAGUAGGGUUGGGGUCCCCACGCUGGCUCGACUGUACACUGAUGUGGCUCUGGACGCCUGCGGGCCCAACUUGAGCGUUUUUGAUGAUUUAUCGAUUGGCAUGCGCCGGGCAGCUCUGGCCUAUGAAAGAGGAGACGUGGAUGAAGCCAUUGCUGAAUUUCAGUCAUACGAAGAGACAGCCGUGAACGAUAUUUCAUUGAUGAAGAUAUGGGAACCAAGAUUUAUGCUGCUGCAAAGCGAUCUCUGGCUCAAAAAAUGUCGCUACAAAGCGGUGUCCAUUCUACUGGCACGACUCCAAAGCGAGGCAGAAGAGAUUAACGACCAAGACCUCUACUAUGAGUUGCAACUUCGCAAAGCGCAGUACGAAUUAAAGAUUGGCAACCAGGGUGAGGCUGUCAAGAUUGUGACAAAUGCCCUUUCCCGAAUCGGAGCUGAUGACCAUUCAUACAACCACUACUGGUACAUAGAGCUUCAAAUUUUCUAUGCGACGAUCAUGGCCCAAUCAUCAUCCAGUCCUGAGAGAGCCAUUACAAUCAUCAUCGAUGCGUUGGCCUCCGCACACAAGUCAUCCUUGAUCACGCUGACGAGGCAAUUCUUGAAAAAUUGA